AUGCAAAACCCGGACAAUGUUGUCGGAGGAAAGGUUACAGCUCGUCAGGAUUACUGUGUUAACUAUUAUGGACAUUUGGCCUCCUUUCAUGACCAAGAUGAGUACGACUUCAUCAGGAGCCUCAUUGUGGGAGCUACCGGAACCAACACAACAGCUUGGGUUGGAGGCACCAAGGGAAAAGAUGGUGUGUGGAAAUGGAGCGAUCGCUCUGAGUUCUCCUACACUCACUGGGGCAAAGGGGAACCAAACAACUUGGGUGAACAGGAGAACUGCAUGGCUAUCAACAUGAAUGGACAAGAUUAUGUCAGUGAUGAAGUCUGCAGCCACAAACAUGCGUUUGUUUGCUCUUAA